AUGGUUGAAUUUAGAUGUGGUGUUUGGUCAUCAGAAGAGUCCAGGGGUGCUGCAAUCGUUCUUAAAUUUUCAGUGGCAUUAGCCCUAAAACUGGUAUUUUUGCUGUCCAAUAGAGCCGUGCAUCAUCACAUUUUUCUUAUGGCAUUAAAAGGUAUUGCCGAUGUUAAAAUUGAUCCAUCUGGGGUGUUCAAGUACAUUUUGAUUAAGGUUACUGAGAAAUCGUCCAAACAAGAAAAAUUAAUUGUGAGAGGUUACGGUCGAUGUGGUUUUCAUAGUGAUAUUUUCGAUGAAACUGUUGAAGAAUUGGGUCCAGAAUUUAAAUUAAAAUGUGUGGGUGGUGGACGAAUCCGACAUGAACAAGCCGAGCAAAAAAUUUUGGUCUAUGGAUACUCGCAAGGAUAUGGACCUGCUGAUCAUCAAAAAAGUGUCAAUAUAUUGAAAACAAGAUAUCCGACAUACGAAAUUUCUUUUUCUAGUGAAGGAUAUUAA